AUGGGAGUCUCAUUUGGAAACCGCCUCCGCAUUACGGUAGACCGGAGGAUUCCUGGCUACAUUAGAGGCUACGUGAGGCGCUUUUGGCAGGCGAGGUUGGCCAAGGCUGACCGGCUUCUUCUAUCCAGUGAAGAUCACAGGGGUACUCCAGAAGCUCCCGGUCGAGUCGUAACGUUGAUCUCCAGAUCGGCCUGGGAGAAAUUGAAUGAUCAUCACGAAGCCGACGAUAUUGUAUGGGGAGUAGCAUACAGGAUCGAAAAAUCCAAGGUGGAAGAAGUAAAAAAAUACCUUGACAUCCGCGAAAUUAACGGCUACUCCAUUCACACCGUCCCAGUGCAUCAAGCAGACCCCACCCUCCCCCCAAUCAUCACAACCGUCUACAUCGGCACCCCCGACAACCCACAAUUCGUCAAAGAUAUCCCAUCUGCCGAAGAUCUUGCUAGGCAUAUCUUCAAUUCUCGUGGACCCUCGGGCGAGAAUAGAGAGUACCUGCUACAUCUGCAUAAUGCUAUCAUAGAGCUGCAUCCAGGGUCGAGAGAUAACCACAUAGCAGAACUUGCAGAAAUUGUGAACAUGCUGAUAGUGAAGGAUGGGAGAGGAUUCUCUGACCCGAGGAGUACGGAUGAGCAGGAAGAGGUGGAGAGUUGA